UAUUCCUUUAAUUAUAGAUGAAGCCUAUGCACGUAGAGUUAAAAGUGUAUAUGUGUGUGUGUGUGUGUGUGUGUGUGUGUAUGUGUGUGUGUGUUGAAAGACUGAAAGUGUGAAUGUGUGAAUCAUGUGUGCUCUUCUUUCCUGUUUUUCUUUCUCCUCACUUCAUGCACUAUGCUCUCUGCUGCUGCCCGCUGGGGUGUGUGUGUGUGUGUGUGUGUGUGCGUGUGUGUGUGUGUGUGCGUGUGUGCGUGUAUGUAUGUGUGUGGGCACUCACAGGAGAUAUAGAUGGCCACUGGUGGGAUCAGGCGACGUGGCAUAGCAGCGAUACCUCCUCUAUGUCACUGGUGAGCCAAGUGGAGCUCAGACACACUCCCUCGCUCUCUUACUCUCUCUCUCUCUCUCUCUAGUCUCUCUCUCUCGCUCUCUCUCUCUCUCUCGUCAUAUCAUGAUUUCAGUUGAUUUAUGUUCACCUCUGCAUGUCUUUUUUUUUUCUUUCCUUUUUUCCUUUCCGCAUUUCUUUAUCCCUCGCCUGUAGGGGACAGUCAAAGGGGAAAAAGAGAAACUAUUGAGCAGGCACACAUCUUAUCAGAGGGCCAAAAGAAAAUGGUGCGCUUUUGGGGCCACUCGUUGGAAGAGGAUGCCGAGUGGGGCGAGCCGCAGGUUAAAGACUCGGGCGUUGACACAUGCAGUAGCACAACGCUAAAUGAGGAGCAUAGCCAUAGCGAGAAGCACCCUGUCACAUGGCAACCGUCCAAAGACGGAGACCGUCUCAUCGGCCGCAUUUUGCUCAACAAGCGGCUCAAGGACGGAAGCGUUCCUCGUGACUCGGGAGCUCUUCUGGGGUUAAAAGUGAUUGGGGGGAAAAUGACUGAGUCUGGUAGACUUUGUGCAUUCAUCACUAAAGUAAGGAAAGGAAGUUUAGCAGACACUGUCGGACAUCUUAGACCAGGCGAUCAGGUCUUGGAGUGGAACGGGAGAAACUUACAAGGAGCCACAUUUAAAGAAGUUUACAAUAUCAUUUUAGAAUCCAAGCCAGAGCCUCAGGUGGAACUGGUGGUGUCCCGACCCAUCGGAGAUAUCCCCAGGAUACCAGACAGCACACACACACAACUGGAGUCGAGUUCCAGCUCAUUUGAGUCGCAGAAGAUGGACCGGCCAUCCAUAUCCAUCACAUCUCCCAUGAGCCCCGGCAUGCUGCGAGACGCACCGCAGUACUUAUCCGGACAGCUCUCUAGCCAAAGCCUUAGUAGGAGAAUAGAGCCUUUUAACCCUAGGGUUCAGGUUAAACUCUGGUAUGAUAAAGUGGGCCACCAGCUCAUUGUCACCAUCCUGGGAGCCAAGGACCUGCCGUCACGAGAUGACGGACGACCAAGGAACCCCUAUGUCAAAAUCUACUUCCUCCCGGACCGAAGUUUGAAUUAUUGUUCCUCCAGUGACAAAAGCAAGAGGAGAACUAAAACGGUAAAGAAGUCAUUAGAGCCCAAAUGGAACCAGACGUUCAUGUACUCGCCAGUGCAUCGACGUGAGUUUCGUGAGCGCAUGCUGGAGAUUACGCUGUGGGACCAGGCGCGAGUCCGUGAGGAGGAGAGCGAAUUCCUCGGAGAGAUUCUGAUCGAGCUGGAGACAGCGCUGAUGGACGACGAGCCGCACUGGUACAAGCUGCAAAUGCAUGAUGUCUCUUCGAUGCCUCUGCCCAAGAGUUCCCCCUACCUUCAAAGGAGAACGAUGCAUGGAGAGAGCCCAACUCGCAGACUACAGAGAUCUCACAGGAUCAGCGACAGCGAGAUUUCUGAUUAUGACUGUGAGGAUGGCGUGGGAGUCGUUUCAGACUACAGACAAAAUGGGCGGGACCUCCAAAGCUCCACUCUCUCUGUGCCUGAACAGGUCCUCUCAUCCAAUCACUGCUCACGGUCGGUGGACAUUAACCGAGCACGUUCACGAUCACCCAGCGUUCCCCCUCCUCAGAGGAAUUACGGCAUGCCGGACAGGCGCGAAAUGGAACGGCCCAUGUACACGCGCUCGCGUUCCACCGAGCGCCCCCCCGAUGCCCACCACAUGAGAUCGUCCAUGCCCACGCUGUCAUCCGGACACUCUGCGCCGCCCUCGCCCGCCUUAACGAGGGCACACCCCCGAAGUGGAUCAGUCCAAACCAGUCCUACCAGCACACCUAUGAACAGCAGGAGAGGACGGCAGCUACCACAACUGCCCUCAAAGGGGACGCUAGACAGAAAUGAAGACGAGGAACCUGCCGUAUAUUACUCCACUUCCAUUCACUCAUCAUUUGACCCGGAAGCAGGUGCUGUGGAUGUGGAGGAGAGGACACGGCAGAUGAAGCUGAAGGUGGAAAAGUAUAAGCAGGGAGCAGGCUCUGACUCCCGCCUGGAGCAAGACCACCGCUCAAAGCAUUCUGGCAGGGACGGGAAACACGGGAUGGACAACCUCUCGGCCAAAUCUUCCGACAGCGACGUGAGUGACGUGUCCGCUGUGUCGAGAAGCAGCAGUGCCUCUCGCUUCAGCAGCGCGAGCUACAUGUCUGUACAGUCGGAGCGGCCGCGAGGCAACCGCAAGAUCAGCAAAACGAUGCAGGGGCGGAGCCUCUCCCGGGAAGGGGAGGAACUCUCUGGGGAGGUGUUACAUGAGGAGGAGGAGGGAGGGAUGGGAAAUGAUUGUGAGAGCGAUCGAAAGGCAAAGACCCAUAGCGUAGAUAGAGAGGCGGAGUCUAUUGAGGAAGCGGCCGAGAGGAGGUUCUCAGACAAUGACCUCAGCGACUUUGCGUCCAAAAUGAAAAACAGGCAAAUGGGUGUGGCGGGUGACACCAAUCUGACCAAGAGCACCAGCAUUGGCGGGGAUAUGUGCAGCCUGGAGAAGACUGAUGGCAGCCAAUCGGACACGGCCGUGGGCCUGGUGGGUGGAAACCUCAAGAAGAGGCGCUCGAGCAUUGGGGCAAAGAUGGCUGCCGUGGUGGGAAUGUCCCGCAAGAGCCGCAGCACCUCACAACUCAGCCAAACAGAAGCAGGAGGAAAGAAACUGCGCAGCACCGUCCAGAGGAGCACUGAGACAGGCCUGGCUGUGGAGAUGAGGAGCAGAAUGACACGGCAGGCCAGCCGCGAGUCCACCGACGGCAGCAUGAACAGCUUCAGCUCUGAGGGGAACCUGAUCUUUCCUGGAGUGCGACUCUCCUCAGACAGCCAGUUCAGUGACUUCCUGGAUGGACUAGGCCCCGCCCAGUUAGUAGGCCGACAGACUUUGGCUACACCUUCCAUGGGCGAUAUUCAGAUCGGAAUGGUGGAGAAGAAAGGAGCUCUGGAGGUGGAGAUCAUUCGAGCCCGAGGCCUUGUGGGUAAACCAGGAUCUAAGGCACUGCCAGCCCCUUACGUGAAGGUGUACCUGCUGGAGAACGGAGCAUGCAUAGCCAAAAAGAAAACAAAAGUAGCACGCAAAACCUUGGACCCGCUUUAUCAGCAGCAGCUUUCCUUCGAAGAGAGUCCAGGGGGAAAAGUCUUACAAGUCAUCGUGUGGGGAGAUUACGGCCGAAUGGACCACAAAUCAUUUAUGGGCGCCGUUCAGAUACUUUUAGACGAACUGGACUUGUCCAACAUGGUGAUUGGCUGGUUCAAGCUCUUUCCCCCGUCCUCAUUGGUGGACCCGACGCUUGCUCCUCUGACUCGAAGAGCAUCGCAGACAUCUCUGGACAGCAGCUCUGCACGGUUCAGCCGCUCGUAGCACAGCGCUAACGACUAGCGUGGUUGUUGUAGCAUCAUCCAUCAUCCCGAUGGUGGGAGUUUGAGAUUUGAGGCCAGUCGCUGCCCCUCCCCAGUAACACACACUGCAUGCUUGGUGUUGUCUUCUGAGCCUGUUUCUUAGGGGUGAAAACUAAAAGCGGUCCUGUGUUUGCUCGCAAAAAAAACAAAAAACAAGAAGAUGAUAAUACUAAUAAUAGAUAAAUAAACCUCGCACAUGUUGAGCAUGGAGAGUGACCCCUACAGUCGGGGAGCAGCCAGAUGAAGGAAAUGGACCUGUUUUUUGUCUUUUUCAAAGCCAUGGGGUUCUACUCAAGCCCAUAUUAACGCUCAUUUGUUUCUCUUCCAUUAUCGUUCAUUGUUCAGUUGUAUGUGAACGGGUGAAGAGUGUAUCUUGGGUCAUGCCAUUUAAACAGACCCAGAGUUUAUGAUUAUGGAAUUGAGUUCGUAUUAAACCGUCUGCACUCCCCAGAUAUGCACACGAUCGCAAGCGUGACUGUUUAUAGAUUUUUUUUAAAAAACAAAACAAAAAAAAUGCAAUACUGAGAAGGUUAUAAUCGACAGGAAAGCGAAGGUUCGCGAUUUCCCGGACGAACGUUUCGAAUGGAACGAUUUUUCUGUCGUUAUUGUAUGAAAUUUCAAAGGGACUCUCUCUCUUUUUUUUUUCUUUUUUUUUUCUUUUGCAUGGACACAAAAUUUAGCUGAUCUUAAAGAAAUAUUUUCUUCAGAUUGCAACUUGAAAAAAAAAAGAAAAAAAAAUACACAAACAGGAAACAGAUCAGCCAUUUUUUUGAAAAUUUCUAUUAUUUUUAAAGAGAAAUUUCACUAGUGCAUGGUUUUCAUGGCGAGUGAAUGCAAUGGCGUGAUUUAAUGAAGAAAAAAAAAUUAGGAAUCCUGUUUUGUUAUCCUAAAGACUAGGGUCUAUACUGUAUUUUUACAGACAUUAUGAUUAAAUAAGUACUUUAGAAUUUAUUUACAGGGAGAAAAAAAAACAACAACAACAAAAAAAACCUCCCGUUCAUGUGAGGUAAAGAAAAUGAAAAAUGUAUUAUUUAUUUCAUCAAUUAAGGCGGAAGCCUUACAGAGAUAAUGUGCAAAUUGUACAUGUUUCUUUUUCUCUCUCUUGUCCCAGGGUAACUCUUGCUGCUCUUGUCAGAUUUUCCCCUCCGAUACCAUUCCGAUGUUUCCGCAAGGCUGAUCAUACAGUCUUGUGUUUUGUACUUUAUUUGGACUCGAUUCGAUUUAACAAGCAUGUUGAAAUGGAUUUUCUGCAACAUGGCUUGGGCACAGUGUGCAGUAACACAGCAUGUUUUGAUAAAGAUUUGAAAAGGAAAAAAAAAAGAAAGAAAAAAAAGACUAACUUUUUUUUUUUUUUUUUUGCAAUUUCUUGUACAGUGCAUGUCAACUAUGUUACUUUGGUCCCUGAUUGAAUUUUAAGAAAAUUUGGCUGGGUUUGAACAAAACAUUCCACCAAAAAAGAAGGGAAUUUUAUAUCCUGGAAACAAAUACCUCCCCUUCCCUACCCCCCAGUAUUCAGGAUGAAUGAAAACCCAUGGUUGAUUUGCAAAUGCUUUCCUGCAUCUCAUGGACAGUUGCAGUAUUGCGCAAUGCACAUGUUUUACACACAUGACCCUGGAACUGGGACAACAUGGACGCUCGCAUGACAUGAAAACUUGCCACAUGAUAGAAAAUAGAAAUUUCUAGAUUAUUUUUCGUCUUCUUGCUUAGGUUUCAGAAAAGUUCCUUUAAUAUAUUUUUGUUAUUUUAUUUACAAGCCAAGACCAGUUAAUUUUUAUUUUUAUUUUCUAUUUUAGUAAUUAUCAAAACUUUGAGAUGACUCUUCUAGGUAUAAUGUCAGAAUGGAGCUAUACGGAGACAUUAUUCCUCUUCCAUGUAAAGCGAAAUCUAUUUUGGUGUUCAUUCAGUAUCUUUGCUUUUCUCUACCAGGCUAUGUAUAGUUUCUCUCUGAUUUGACAGUUGUAUAUAUUAUAUGUCAUAAGUUAUGGAAUUUGGAUUUUUAAAAAAAAUAAUAAUAAGCAGACAUCUAUAGAUAAGAUCGCACGGAAUUGGGAUAAUGUCUUACUGGACUAAGACAUGUUACACCCUUUUUGAAUGCCUUCUCUCUCUCUCUUUUUUUUUCUGGUACAAUGCGUUCAUUCCAAGGCUAUGUCUUGGUUAAGUAUGGUUGAGUACAGAGAUUUAUGUAAGUUAUUUUUCAAAUUAAACAAUAAAAAAGGGAUAUUAAACUGAAUCUUUGUGUUUGAGAUCUUUGGUUGGGACAGUUCACAAGAGCAUGAGAAGAAUAAAGAUGCAUGAUGUACAGUACAAUAAGGUUUGUGCUGCAACGAUAAAGAUGU